AUGCAAAGUAUUCACCGGAUAAUAUCUCGACUUUCUUCUACUACAUUAAGCACAAGCGGUAAUGCAACAAGAUUUCUGAAAGAACAAACAACACGACCCACUUUUGGUAAUGGCAAAAGGGUUGCAUUGAUAAAUGGGAUUGGAGCUUAUCAAGUUAUUGGGUAUAGGUUCUUCUCGUUUAAUUAUGGAGGAGAUGAGGGUGAAGAUGAUUGGGAUGGUGCAGGUGGUCGACCUUUUGGUGGGUCUGGGAGUGGUAGUGAUAGUGAUGAGCUGGGUUGGGACUCAGCUUCAUCAUGGUCAUCUGGAUUGACUAAGGAUCAUUUUGAUGGAGUAGCAGCAGUGGGUCACAUGAGUACUAGUCCUAGUAGUGAUAGUGGGAAAGAUGGUGGAGAUGGAAGAACUAAAGAUACAUCUCAGACUGCAAUGACCUAUGAUUUACAAGAUGUGGGCAGUUUGAGUGCGAGGAGGGCAGAAAUUAAUAUGUUGUUGAAGCAAGCAAAGAACCCUGGUUCAAGAGGGUCUUACUUGAAGGACUCAGAGAAGGCAGAGAUGUAUCGGUUGCAUAAGGAGAAUCCUGAAGUUUACACUAUUGAGAAGCUUGCUAAGGAUUACAGGAUUAUGAGGCAAAGGGUGCAUGCAAUUCUUUGGUUGAAAGAGGAUGAGGAGGAACAGGAGAAGAAGCUUGGUCACCCCUUGGAUGAUUCUAUUGAGCAAUUGCUUGAUAACUUCCCAGAGUAA